AUGCACCGCCCAACUCCCCUCCGCACAAUCCUAUUCCGCGCUCGCGCACACACACGCCUCUCCUCCUUCCAACACCGCCCCUCGCCCCCCAAGCUCCCCGCCUCACAACAAGCCGAAUUCGAACGCCUCCAACGAGACGCAGCCGUCUCAUCCGCCUUCCAGCCCGACACCAACGCCGCCGAACCACAAACACAAACAGCUACCCUCGCCGAAGAAGAGAGUGUGAAUCCGGCGCUGUUUCGCGGUGCGAAGCCCGAGUUUGAGGGCGACAAGAACCCCAAGACGGGGGAGGUGGGCGGUCCAAAGAAUGAGCCGUUGAGAUGGGGUGGCGAGGGCGAUUGGAGCUACAAUGGGCGUGUUACCGACUUUUAG